AUGACCAGAUCCUCCGUAUUGGCUGAUGCCUUGAACGCCAUCAACAACGCCGAAAAGACCGGUAAGAGACAAGUCUUGAUCAGACCUUCUUCCAAGGUUAUCAUCAAGUUCUUGUCCGUCAUGCAAAAGCACGGUUACAUUGGUGAAUUCGAAUACAUUGAUGACCACAGAUCCGGUAAGAUCGUCGUUCAAUUGAACGGUAGAUUAAACAAGUGUGGUGUCAUUUCUCCAAGAUUCAACGUUAAGAUUGGUGACAUUGAAAGAUGGACUGACAACUUGUUGCCAGCCAGACAAUUCGGUUACGUUAUCUUGACCACUUCUGCUGGUAUUAUGGACCACGAAGAGGCCAGAAGAAAGCACGUUUCUGGUCAAGUUAGAGACGGUACCCAAGUUUUCGGUGUUGCCCGUAUCUUUGCUUCUUUCAACGAUACUUUCGUUCAUGUUACCGAUUUGUCCGGUAAGGAAACCAUUGCCAGAGUUACUGGUGGUAUGAAGGUCAAGGCUGACAGAGAUGAAUCAUCUCCUUAUGCUGCUAUGUUGGCUGCUCAAGAUGUUGCUGCUAAGUGUAAGGAAGUUGGUAUUACUGCUGUCCACGUCAAGAUGAGAGCUACCGGUGGUACCAAGUCUAAGACCCCUGGUCCAGGUGGUCAAUCUGCCUUGAGAGCUUUGGCCAGAUCUGGUUUGAGAAUUGGUAGAAUUGAAGAUGUUACCCCAGUUCCAUCUGAUUCCACCAGAAGAAAGGGUGGUAGAAGAGGUAGAAGAUUGUGA